CAGCAACCAAUCAGGAAUAUAGGAUGCAAAGAGUGGGAUGGAGAAACAAAUGAAUGACUGCAUUGACAGAUGGGAAGGGAACAGCUGACUACGAAAGCAAGAAGAAACGAAAUCAGAGAAUUGUGUAACGUGGGAGAACUCCGGAUGGACCGACCGGGGAAUGGAGAAAGAGAAAUGUGUGGAAAGUAGUAACUUAACGAGAAGGGCGAAUCUGGUUGUUAGGGUCGACCAAACUGAAUUCUGGCAAAAAUAGAAACGCUGAACUGCUUGAUUAGUAAUACUAAAAAUUUAUUGUGGUAGUGAAAAGUUUUUAAAAGGCAUAAUUACAUCAUGGCUCACAGUGCUCCUCUUAUUAUUCGUUUGGUUGCAUCAUCUGUAAGGACUGCAAGGCGUGCAGGAGACAUAAUCCGCAAUGUUAUGGCACAAGGUGAUUUAAGAAUUGUUGAAAAGGGUAAAAAUGACUAUCAAACUGAGGCAGAUCGCUCAGCACAACAAUGUAUUAUUAAGUCUUUGGAGCGACAAUUUCCUUCGAUAACUAUUAUUGGAGAAGAAGAACAGUCUUCUUGUGAUGUUCCACAUGAAUGGAUAGUUACAGAAAGCGAACCAGAUAUACUUUCUUUGGAUUGUCCAGAAGAACUGCAGAAUAUUAGAGAUGAAGAGGUUGUUGUAUGGGUUGACCCUUUAGAUGGUACAUCAGAAUUCACUCAAGGAUUAGUGGACCAUGUUACUGUCUUAAUUGGAAUAGCUGUUGGGGACCGCUCUGUGGCUGGUAUUAUACACCAGCCUUACUAUAAAAAUGGAAAAGGAGCUAAUUGCCAAGGUCGAACUUUGUGGGGUAUUCGAGGAAUUGGUGUUGGAGGAUUUGAAGCCCAAAUGGCUCCCAGUGGACAACGGAUUAUUGUUACAACACGUUCUCACAGAACUCCUGAAGUACAUGAUGCAGUAGAAGCACUGCAGCCAGCAAAAGUGAUGUAUGUGGGUGGUGCUGGACAUAAGGUUAUUCUUCUGUUGGAGGGAAAGGCUCAUGCAUACGUAUUCCCCAGCACUGGAUGCAAGCGCUGGGAUACAUGCGCUCCCGAGGCAGUUCUUGCAGCAGCAGGUGGAAAGCUGACAGAUGUUAACGGUCAUGAAUACAGCUACUGUAAGGAUACUCCAUAUAUGAACAGUUCUGGUGUUCUCGCAACAGGUGCAGGACAAGAUCAUGAAUGGUAUAUUCGUAAAAUUCCUGGUGCUGUUCGCGAUAAAUUUGUAUGAUUGUUGUAACUUAUUAGUUGACAAAUUUAUUGCAAAGUAGUAUUUAUUAUUUACAUACUGAGUGUUACAGAAUCUUAAAGAAAAAGUCAGGCAGAGUAGAGUAUUAGUUGUGUGUCAUACAGUGUAAAACUGCAUCAUUUCCAUGGUCUCAUCUCAGAAGAAAGAAAUUAAAUAAAAAAUUAAAAUUAUAUUAUAAAUUUUCUAACCAUAUCUUCCAAAACUGAAGUAUGAUGUUGCAGUUUUGAGAUAAAAUCCAUUUGGUAUGUAUGUUCAUGGUAGGAAUUUUGAAAUAUGUUUAUGAAAUGCAGGAUAAAAAGCACUCUCAAAGUUUUUGUUGACGCGACUCUUGCCAGAUAAUUUUGAUAUUAAGUGAUGUGAACGGAUGUUUAAUUUUUUAAAUCAAUUUUACCUCUAUAGCACAUUUAUUUUUUAAAUGAUAACUGAAAUUUUGGAUAUUAUGUAUUACGGUAAUAUUUUUAUACAACAAGAGUGACAAGUGACCCUUUCAAUUUACAUUUAUGGUUAGAAUUCUUUGGUAUUUUUUUUCUUUUUAGAACUCUGUAAUUAUUUUUUCUAGGAAAUUAUUAUGUUAAUAAACCAAUGAUAACUGAUA